AUGCCAUUUGAUAUCACCAUCAAGAAGGUCGCUUUAGCUGGUGCAUCCGGUCCAGUAGGCCAAGCAAUACUCACCGAGCUGCUGAAGUCCGAACUUUUCGACAUCACAAUUUUGACCCGAGACUCCAACACCUACCAAUCACCAUUUGCCCCCGCGCUCAAAGUACUCCAAGUCGAUUACACCUCCCUCACAUCUCUCACCCACGCCCUAACCAACCAAGAUGCCGUCAUAUCCGCCAUCUCCCCCAGCGCCAUUCCCGUCCAAAAACUCCUAAUAGACGCCUGCAUCCAUGCCCACGUGCAGCGCUUCCUCCCCUCCGAAUACAGCUACGAUUUCUAUUCCCCCACCAUUUCCACCCUCCCCAUCCCACUCUUCACGCAAAAGAUCGCCAUUGAAAAGUACCUCCAAGAGCAAUCCACGCAAACAUCACUCAGCUACACGCUCCUAUUCUGCAACCCGAUCCUCGAGCUCUCCAUUCGCAAUAACCUCUUCUUUAACCUCCAAACCCGCACCGCGACCCUCCACCCCCAAACCAGCCGCCAGCCCAUCUCCCUAACCACCCUCCCCAGCCUCUCCAAAGCCGUCCGCCGCAUCCUCACCCACCCACGCGAAACAGCCAAUCGACCCAUCCGAAUAAAAGACAUCGAUACAUCACAACAACAACUGUUAACCAUCGUCCAAUCCCUCACUCCCGGACACGGGGAAGGGGGAGAGCAAAAAUGGGACAUCCAAAUCACCAACACCAACGACACAGCAUCUCCCCCAGAGUCAAACUUUGCUUUCGGAGGAAAGUUCGAGCGUGUGCACAAUAGUGUUUUUGGGAUCAAAGAGAUGACGCCGACGGAGCUAGAAGAAUUGGUUCGGGUCACAUGCGAUGCGAUAGAGCGGGAGAAGUCGUGA